AUGUCGGCUGCUUUGGGCGAAAUGUCCUCCUCUCCCGUGAUUAUCGAGACGCUCACAGAAGAGCGCAUUGAUGAUGUGGGUCGGAAAGUGAUCACAAAGAGAAAAAUCCAGAAAAAGCUCGUCGUUAAUCAAGUCUCUGAAAUUAUUGCGUCACGCCGGUCGUGGACCAAGUUCGGUGAAGCACGAUCCCAUCCACCAGGCCCAAAUACCAAAACAACGCUGCUUGGUGAGCCUGUUUUCCUAUACCUCGCUGCAGGCAAAGACUUUGAGCUUGAAGAGUCUGGCCAAUCCACCAUCCUAAAGCUGGAACAGUCCAAAUCCAUCACUUGUCGCUAUUGCGAGGGUUCUCACUGGACCAGGCAAUGUCCCUAUAAAGAUAGAUUUGUUGAAGCAGCGGAAGACUCGAAAUCUUCAAUCGAUUCCACUGCAAAGUCUCCAGCGUUUACUGCGCCAGAACUAGCUGGGCGUAAAUAUGUUGCACCAAGCCUUCGUUCAAAGGACUCUUCAUCAUCCAGCCAUAUUGCGUCAUCCCCUUGUUCCUCGUCCUCCGGUCCCGAGGUAUACACAGUCAGGGUAACAAAUUUGUCCGAAAAUACCACGGAAAACGAUCUUCGCGAACUGUUCCUGUGCGCCGGAACAAUUUCUCGUUUAUAUUUAUCCAAAGACCCGGCCACCAAUCUCUGCAAGGGCUAUGCGUUUGUGUCGUUCUAUAAAAAAUCCGAUGCUGAUCAGGCCAUUGCAAUGAUCAAUAACCAUGGAUAUGACAAUCUCAUUUUGAAAGUUGAGUUCGCCAAGUACAACUAA